GCUUGUCCACAGGCCAACUCCACGGACAGCUGAGCGAGCACUGUAAGCCCCCAAGUGUUUCCAUGGUAACGUGUCAAUAAUGUAUGGGAGCACAGUGAACAGGGAAGAUCUUUGUAAGUUUCCCGAAACCACGACGACUACAUCAACCAUAAACAAUGGCACAAAAGGAGGGGUUGAGGAAAUUCAGAAACUUUCUCAAGGGGAUAUUCUUCGCAUCUGCAAUGUGCUGGGUGAUUGCAUAGAUCAAUUAAACAUUCUUGGCCUUAUUAUGCCAGUCUCCUAUGAGGAAAGGACAGAUGCGACCAGUAUUGUAGGAAAUGAAAUUGAUAUGAUACUGAAAAGUCAGAAGCAGGUGGAGUCAAAGUUUCAGGAGCUGAUAUCUUCUCGGUCAGAAGAGAAGGAAUCAACUGGAAAUGUCUCCAGAGAACGACUGGCUGAGCUGGGAGAGCAAAUCAAGAAGACUGCAGGGGAUCUGAAGAGGAGCACUCAGCUCUUGAACAUAUCCCUGAAACAAUGUCCACUUACUGCUGAUAAUCUGACAAAGGUACAAGCUGACAGGCAAUUUGCUUUGGAAGUGAUCAAUAACACCUUGCAGGAACUAAAUCAUUCUGGAACAUUUGUGUCUCUACUGAAUGUUGUCGAAUGGGAGAAAAAGAAAAAAAUCAAGAUGCAAAAUGUUAUCAUCAGGGAGGAGGAAGGCAGAAGAAAAAUUAAAGUUCUGAAAAAGCAGCUGCAAAAUUUACAAAAAGAAAGGGAGGCUGAACAACAGCAUAAAAAUGAGAUGAUUGCCCACCUAAAAGACCAGAUGCAAGAGAUGAAGGCAAAAACUGCCAUGGAGGGAAAAUACAUGAAGAAAAAUGCAGAACUGCAGGUUUUCCAGGCACAAAAGAAAUGUGCUGAUGAGGAGAAUAAGCUACAGGAAGAUGUUCAGCUCAUGAAAAGUAAAAUUGAUCAGGAGAUUCGGAUACACUUGGAGAUUGAAAAGUUCCUGAAACAAAAUCAGACAGAACUGGAAGAAAACCUGGAAUUUUGGAUGGAAAAAUAUGAUAAAGAUAUUGAAACAAAGCAAAGUGAACUGAGUACUCUGAAAUCAAAUAAGAUCAGCGAUUUACAACGGCUCAAAGAAUACUCUGAAAAGUACUUGACAUAUGAACGAGUCAUAAUUGAGGAUAGAGUUGAGAGAGAGAAUGAAUGGAAGAAAAGGACACAGGAAGAGAAAGAAUUUAAGAGCAUUAUUAAGCUCCAAUCAUGGUGGCGAGGAGUCAUGGUUCGUAGAGGAAUCGGAAUCUACAAGUACAUUAAAAGAAAAGGUGGAGAAAGCAAAGGAAAGGGAAAAGGGAAGGGCAAAGGGAAGGCCGAUAAGAAGAAGUGAAGCCCUUUCCUUGUAGACAUUUUCAUCAUCCAUCAAAUUAUUUAUUUUGUGCUAAAAUGGAAGGUUAUUACUGGACAAUACAGAUUGAAAAAGCCAAUUUUAUUUAGUUAAGUAGUAUUGACUAAGUUGCAAUUUAUUAAAAAUCAUGUGCUAAUCACAAUAGAACUUAAAAAUUUAUUCGCCCUGACUUUUAAGGUUGUGACUUGUUUCAUAGUAUUUUAACUUUUCCCCCACAAUUUUCUUCCUCUCCUGGAGAUCCUAACUAUUCCUGGGUACAGUUC